ACCUGAAGAUAUAUGAUACCAUCUUUCAACUUCCCAUAUGCGUGCUUUGAGCUGAACAAAAAUACUACAGAAACAAGAAAACUUUAGCAUUAACAUGGCACUCAGAAUGUGGGCGUCUUCCACAGCUAAUACACUAAAAAUCUCUGUAGCCUGCAAAGCUCAACUCUCUCCUUCUUACUCUCUUUCAAGAUGCUUUUCAUCCGUACUAGAUGGGCUGAAGUAUGCAACUUCACAUGAAUGGGUGAAGCACGAAGGUUCAGUAGCUACAAUUGGCAUCACUGACCAUGCUCAGGAUCAUCUGGGAGAAGUAGUGUUUGUGGAUCUACCAGAAGCUGGUACUUCAGUUACUCAAGGCAAGAGCUUUGGAGCUGUGGAAAGUGUGAAAGCAACAAGUGAUGUUAACUCUCCAAUCUCUGGUGAGGUUGUUGAAGUUAACACAAAGCUUACCGAAGGACCUGGCUCGAUUAAUUCAAGUCCAUAUGAAGAAGGAUGGAUGAUCAAAGUGAAGCCAAACAAUCCAUCAGAAUUAGAGUCCUUAAUGGGUCCAAAGGAAUACACAAAAUUCUGCGAGGAAGAAGAUGCUGCUCAUUAGAAAUGUGAACAAGCUUGCUUCCAUAUUUUCAUGGACUAACUUGCUUUAGAAAUAUUUCAAGUCCCAGUGCCUGUCAACUAUCACAAUCUAUCUCUUAUAUAUGUUAGCUUCCAGUCUCAUUUUUCAUUUCCUCUUCCUCGUGUUUUUUCUUUUUUCUAUCUUGUGCUUCUGCAAUUUCCUAUAACUAAGAACAAAUUUCUCA